UGUUGCUUGCUCGUUCGCGUCUCCUCUCCUUCGUCUCGUCUCCGCCUCCUUCUCUUUUUCUCCCCCCUCCCCUUCCCCCUCCCCCUUCUCCAGGUUGCGGGUCAGUGCGAGCCACUGCAGCAGUAAAACCGUCGGGAACCGCCACGAGCCGCUCCGGCCCUGCAGCAAAUAACAGUCGAGCUCGAGCCCAGGCGCAGCUGGGCUGAGGUAGAGCCGCGAGGGAGGGAGGAAGGAAGGAAGGCGAGAGCGAGGCAAGCGAGGAAGGAAACCGUCGCGCGCUGCGGUAGCAGCAGCAGCAGCUGCGAGAGAAGAGCAGGCGACGGCGGCCGGCACUCGGCUGUGGAUUUAGCUGCGGGCAAGCCCCUCAACACCCUCCCGCCACCAUGGGAAAUGAAGCAAGUUACCCACUGGAAAUGUGUUCGCACUUUGAUGCAGAUGAGAUUAAACGAUUGGGGAAGAGAUUUAAAAAGCUUGAUUUAGAUAACUCUGGUUCUUUAAGUGUGGAAGAAUUUAUGUCUUUGCCUGAGUUACAACAGAAUCCCUUGGUACAACGAGUAAUAGAUAUAUUUGAUACUGAUGGAAACGGAGAGGUAGACUUCAAAGAAUUUAUAGAAGGAGUCUCCCAGUUCAGUGUCAAAGGUGACAAGGAACAGAAGUUGAGGUUUGCUUUUCGCAUCUAUGACAUGGACAAAGAUGGUUAUAUUUCCAAUGGGGAGCUCUUUCAGGUUUUGAAAAUGAUGGUUGGGAACAAUCUCAAAGACACCCAGUUACAGCAAAUUGUAGACAAAACAAUAAUAAAUGCAGAUAAAGAUGGUGAUGGAAGAAUAUCCUUUGAGGAAUUCUGUGCUGUUGUAGGAGGCCUAGAUAUUCACAAAAAAAUGGUGGUAGAUGUGUGACUCUUUAUGAUACUACCCAACACUUUUGCUUUCUUCUCCAUCUCUGAAGAUCUGCUCAAGACGUCCAGCAAUGCUCUCUGUGUAUUUAAAUGGAAGUAUUUUUCUCUGUGAAACCACAUUUUCCAACAUGAGCCUCAUGAAGCCAACUAAGUGUUGUUGAACUUUCAUUCUCUCAAUAACGCAAGUGUAGCACUUUAAAAGUCUGAAGGACAGCAAAAUGGAAAGAGCAUAUCAGUGUGGGGGAGAAAGGGAAGGGGUUGGCUUUUUAAUUUAUUUUUCUCAACUUUUAUAACAAGAAAAUAUCUAUCUAUAUAUAUAUAUGUGUGUGUAUUUAUAUAUAGAUAUAUAUGUUGUGCUUUCUCUUUAGUAGUUAGGCAAGCUUUAAUUUAAUAUACUUGAUUUAGAUAUAAAACUAGAGUACAAAAGUGCCAAGCAGAAUAUUAUAUAGUUCAAUACAUAUAGAUAUACAUCUUUACUUUUAUGUCACACAGAUACACACAUGCAGGCAGACAUACUUUAGGAGAACGUAAUGUUUUAAUGGAUGCUAGGUCAACUCUUUCCUGUGACUGUUUCAGAUGUUUAUAUAUUGACUGGCUGAAAUAGCAUUUCCUGUUAAUUUAUCUUAAUUACAUUUUUGUAUGACAGGAAGCUACGUUAGUUUGUGUAUAUAUGUACACUGUUUAAUAGUAUGUGUAUGUGUAUAUAUGUACACAUACUAUUUAUGUGUAUUAUAGUGGCAAGGCAUGUUAUAAAACUUUUAAUUGCCAAGAACUAGGUUGUCUGUGUAAAAAAGAUGUUUAUGACCAUUUCAUCUUUUCACUUAAUAAAUGAACACAGCUGCAUACAAUAAACCAUAGUAAACAUUGGCUCUUUUCCAUUAAGUACAGAUGAAACAGUUGAAAGCAUAUCUGUUUUUCAGCACUAAGCUUAAUCAAGAGUUUAGGAUUCGUUGCUUAGGAUACCUAUUGCAGUGAGAUUACAAAACCUCUCGGGCCAUUAAAUCACCUUCCAACCAUAGAGUUUCUCUAAGCAUUUAAUAUACUUACUUGAGUUGCAUAAAGCCUGGUAAUAUUUUAUAUAUGUGUAUAUAGGUUUAUUACGGGAGAAACAUUAACCUCUGCCAUAGGGAAGGAGGUAAGGUUCACGUUAUCUAAUUUUUUUUUUAACCUCCUGAUUUUCAGUUGGAGAAUUCUGUUUUCUAAAUUUGUUUAUAUCAUGACUUGUAAUGGAUAGUAACUUUAUAUGUGUGAUAUAAAAGUAGCAAGGCAUGUUAUACAACUUUUUAUCAUUCUUUUUCUGCAAUGGUACUAUUGGCUAGAAGAAAAUGUUAGACUUUUAGGAUAGUAUGCCCUUUCCUCUGUAGCAGUUUUUCUAUUUAAAGUGUUUUAUAAUCAGCAGUGGAAAGGCAGGUUGUUCGAACUUAAACCAGUUGCCUCCCAGCCAGCCAUAGCUGUUCCUUCGAUUGAGUGCUGCACAUCAUGGGCUCCGUCUGUGAGAGAGAAAUCCAGGUGCUUGGUGUCCUUGCAUGACAUGAAGUUUUGCAUGUAGAUCGAUUUGAAAUGUUCCUCUUGUUUACAUGAUUUGCAUAAUUUAAAAAAGAUAAUGUUGCCAAACUUUUGGUAAAUGUUAAAACAGAGAAUCUCCACUACAUGUAUCUUUCUUCCUCUGGAUCAGUAUGUGGAUUAUAAUCCCAGCCAGUGGUUGUAUCUGUUCCAUUGUCAACUGCCAUGUGCUCUGCUUCAGGGGGAACUCGUCUUUUGUGAAUUUUUUUUGUACAUAAAUAUUUGUUACAAAUAUUUUAGCAAUUGCUUUCUGUUUCUUAAUUGCUUGUGCAAACCUUGGCUGGCAUAAUAGAAAAUAGUGCUAAUGUUACUUUCUUACUGGGGGAUGAGCUUUUUUAGUUUGUGUGUGAAAAAUGGGUUAUGUUGAAUGUUUAGAUUUUUCCUCUGCAUGCUAUAUCAUACAUUGUUGGAAAUACAGGAACCUUCAUAAUGUAUGAAUAAAAAUAAACUAUUUGAACUUUA